GGAAGUUAGCAAUCGUGAUCGCAAGCUAAAUCCCGAGCGAGCCUCAGCAGCUUGUUUACAUCCAUUCUGUCGUCUUUUUCUUUCUUUCUUUCUUUCUUUUCUUUUUUUUUUUUAAUCCUGGCCUGCAAAACACCGGUCUGGUUGUUUGUUGUGACGCGAGCUCAGUGUUUCAUCUUGGGGAACCGAAGAUGGCACCGUUCACAAAAGUCUGUCUCCUCUUCUCCAUCUUUGUGGGGUUUUCCAUGCUGACAUCCCUGGAUGGGCGGCCCCCAGGCUCAGCUAUGCUCACAUCUGAAUUCAACAGCAGUGCAAGGAAAGACUUGGCGGCGGAGGUUGCAGCCUACGCAGAUGUGGCCAAACGGAUCAUCGACCUGGCCGUGUUUGGAGCUGCUCGGAACCGUUCCUACAGACGCCUCGCCGACUUCACGGACACCAUCGGGAACCGCGUCAGUGGCUCGCUCGACCUGGACAUGGCUAUCGAAUACAUGUACAAAGCUAUGAUGCAGGACGGUUUGGAUGUACAUCUAGAACCAGUAAAAAUCCCACACUGGGUUCGAGGAAAGGAGAGUGCAGUGAUGACAUUGCCGAGGACCAAGAAUCUGGCUAUUCUGGGCCUGGGGAGCAGUGUAGGGACGACACCUGAAGGCAUUGAGGCGGAGGUAUUGGUUGUCGGGUCUUUUGAGGAACUAAAGAGCCGAGCCAACGAGGCCACAGGGAGGAUUGUGGUCUUCAACCAGCCAUUUGUCAGUUAUGGCGAGACAGUGGCUUACCGUGAAUACGGCGCCUCUGAGGCGUCAAAAUUCGGAGCCGUGGCCACACUCAUUCGAUCCGUUACUCCUUUCUCAAUAAAUAGUCCUCACACAGGUUGGCAAGACUACCAAGAUGGCGUCAAGCACAUCCCUACGGCGUGCAUCACCAUUGAGGAUGCUGAACUGAUGUGGCGAAUAGCGCAGAGGGGAGAGCGGAUCACUGUCAGACUCACAAUGGCCGCCAAGACGCUCCCGUAUGCCGACUCUUUUAACACGGUGGCUGAGAUAAAAGGCUGGCAGCACCCCGAGCAGGUUGUCCUACUGAGCGGUCAUCUGGACAGUUGGGAUGUGGGCCAGGGUGCCAUGGAUGAUGGGGGCGGAGCCAUGGUCUCCUGGGAAGCCCUGUCACUCAUAAAACAGCUAGGUUUACGUCCAAGGAGGACCAUGCGCACAGUGCUGUGGACGGGCGAAGAGCAGGGUGGAGUUGGAGCGCAGCAGUACUACGAUCUUCACAAGGUGAACGUGUCCAACUUUGAUAUGGUCAUGGAGUCUGACAUGGGGACAUUCAGCCCGGUGGCCCUGCAGUUUACUGGCAGCGUUGCAGCACAAAAGGUGAUGGGGGAGGUGGUCAAACUGUUAGCUCCUCUCAAUACGACCAAACUGGAGACACAUGGUGAGGGUACAGACAUCUCGCCUUGGAUGCAGGCCGGAGUACCGGGUGCCAGCCUCCAUGUGGCCGACAGUCGCUAUUUUUGGUUCCACCACACAGAAGCUGAUACCAUGACAGUUCAGGACCCUGGAGACAUGGACCUCUGCUCGGCAUUGUGGGCCGUGGUGGCCUACGUGGUAGCAGACCUCGAGGACAUGCUGCCCAGAUAGUGCUUUGGAGGAGGGGACACGGAUUCUCGGAACCGGCGUCAGAAGUGUUUACAUUGGGGAUAUUGCAGCAGAGAGUAUCGUGUAAAGCCUUAACGAAAAUUAACAUUGCACAUUAACGUGGGAGCAAAAUGUGACAAGAAUGAGGGAAAACUGCUUUUAAGACCAAUUAUUACUCCAUGCUUUUUUUUUUUAUACUUGUACGUUUUAAAAACAUUUUGGUUCGUUUACAAAGUGGCACUUUUAUUUAAUCCCCAAUUUUAUGUGUUCUGUAAGAUUUUGUUUUAAUUACAUGAAUAAACUGCCAUUGCUCUCAAUGGCCAUUCAUCAGCA